AUGAACGGCACGGCUAAGUCCCUCCCAUAUGCUGUCAAUACCCUUCCUUUUUUGGGGAGGGUCAUCGCUGUUACUGGAGCCAGCCGUGGACUGGGUCUGGCUGUUAGCAAGUACGUGCUGAUAAGAGGUGCCACUGUAUCUAUUUGGUGCACCAAACUUCAGGCAACGUCGGUUGACAAUCUGUCGAAAGCCACUAAAGAAAUUGACGCUGAGCUUCCAGACGCCAAGGACCGGUACUGGACGUGCGUCGUAGAUAUCGCCAACCUGGACAGUGUUCGGUCUUGGAUCGAGGAGACUGUGGCUAAAUUUGGAAAGCUUGAUGGUGCCGCAAACGUCGCUGGUAAGCUCAAUUAG